ACCUGAGCUGUAUACCUGAGUAAACAAGCAGCAUAGAUACUGAGUCUCCCUUUGUCUGGGUCACUUUAUUCCGAAACGUCCACAAACUGUGAAAACUCCUCCAUAGACGCUUUACACAGGAUUGUUUUCUCACUCAGUUUUAGUGAAAAGGAGGGAAGAUGCCAUCUCAUAUUAUGCUCUCCUACCAGUGGGAUGAUCAGGCUCUUGUGAAAAAGAUACACGACCGCCUCAAAGAUGAUGGCCUGCCAGUGUGGAUGGAUAUCGAAGGAGGGGUGACAGGGAACAUAAACGACUCGAUGGCUGCAGGUGUGGAGGAGGCCGUGGUGAUUUGUCCCUUCAUGACACCAGCUUACCAGGCGUCCCGCAGCUGUAAGAAAGAGCUGAACUACGCAGACUCCAGGGAGGUCAUCAUGGUGCCGGUCAUGCUGACCAAGAACUGGGAGGCCAGUGAGUGGCUCGGACUGAUCACUGCAGGCCUGCUGUGGGUGGACUUCAGAAAUGCAGAAAAAGAUGAGGAGGAAUUUGAGAUGUGUGUCAGGUCACUGGAGGAGGAGAUCAUGUUUAACGCCGGUAACCUCCUGGUAGUUGAAGAACCUCAGGGUGAGGAGGUUGAUCAUCCAGAACCAUCAAAACCUUGCCUGAAGAGAAAACCGGGCAGAGGGUUUCGCCAUGCUCUCUCAAAGCUCUACCUUCAUGAUUCAGGUGAGCAGCUAACCCACCCGACUGAUGACAGAAACACAGUGGAGCUCAAUGAGUCACCUGGAGAUCACAGUUACUGGGAGGAGAUUAAGGGUAGCGGCUGUAAAUACUACAGGAACGUUGUCACCAACAGAUAUCUCGGGUUUGACCCCAGCAGUGACAAGGUCCACUCCGAGGCCAGUCCGUCGGUGUCUGAAGAGUGGCUGCUGUUGGUGGAUCAGACGGACCAGAGCCAUCAGAGAGCCGUCAUCAUCAAGAACAAACACUCAGGGUGCUUCCUGGCAGUCCAAGAUGGCCACCUUAUUGGAUUAAUGUCAUACAAUGAAGACUGCAAAUGGUUUUUGGAAUAAAAUGGGACCGUUGAACUUUUAACUUCAGCGUGUAGUCGCCUCUGACAAAAGACACAUUAGUUACGAAGAAGUUUGCCUGAUGAAAAGGCCGUAGGAAGCAAAACUUGAUGGGUAGAAAUAAAACUGUUACUGUGACAAAAUGAACAAAUAAAAAAAUCAUUAGAAUCUUUUCCUCUUCAGGAUUUCCGGUUUCCAGUUGAUUGGAUGGCUUUCUUCCGUCUGCAAAAAAGAAAACACAGUUGUCAAAUUAUCUAUCUGCUUAUUGGAAACUAACACUAAAAUCCAAAGAGACUUUAAAUAAAACAGUACAACUUACA